CUGCCCAGACCUGUUCUAGAUUCCACACCACCCUUCCCCCAGGCAGCCUCCACCUCCCACCCACCGGGCUCCGGCCGGGCCUCCGGAGACUCAGCUGAGAAGGCUGACAGGCAGGAGGGCUGGGGCGGCACCGCGGGGCCAUGGAACCCACUGCAGGGCCUGUGCACUACCAGAAGCUGCUGCUCUGGGAGCCGCGCUCGGAGUCUGAGGAGGAAGAGGAGGAAGAGGAGGAGACAGCAGAGCCACUCGUUCCCAACCCCUGGCGGCCCCAGGACUCCUCUGGGAACAAUGUUGGUGGUCUGCCCGGAGCCUGGGCCCGACUGGUUGCCGCCCUGCUGCUGCUGGCUGUUGGCUUCUCCCUGGCUGUGUGGCAACUCCACACCAGGGGUGGCUCUUCAGAACCCCUGGGCUCUGUGGCCCCUCUGCCCAGCGGGCACUCCCACCGCCCCGGCGUAUACCACCAUGGAGCCAUCAUCAGCCCUGCAGCCACGUGCUCCCACCUGGGCCGAGAGCUGCUUGUCGCUGGGGGCAAUGUCGUGGACGCUGGAGUUGGAGCAGCUUUGUGUCUGGCAGUGGUGCAUCCUCAUGCCACAGGGCUAGGUGCCAUGUUCUGGGGCCUCUUCCACAAUAGCUCCUCAGGCAAUUCAAUUGCCCUGACGUCAGGCCCAGCCCAGAUCCUGGCCCCCGGCCUGGGGCUGCCCUCGGCUCUGCCUACCCUGCGCUUGCUGCACACACGCUUCGGCCGCCUGCCCUGGCCACGCCUGCUGGUGGGCCCCACCAUGCUGGCUCAAGAGGGCUUCCUGGUAGACACAACCCUGGCCCGGGCUCUGGCAGCCCAGGGCACGAAGGGCCUCUGUCCACUCCUUUGCCACACUGACGGGACUCCCUUGGGCCCUGGGGCCCGAGCCACCAACCCAAAACUGGCGGCCGUGCUACACAAGGCAGCCCUCGCCCCCACCCCAGACCUUGCCGGGGAGGCCCUACUGAAUCUGCUGGCCAGAGACCUGGGGCUGGAGGGACCCUCAGCAGGGCCCAGGCCCACCCUGGAGCCAGCACUGCAGCUCCCUGUGCCCCAGGGCAUCCUGUUCACCACCCCCAGCCCCUCAGCUGGCCCAGAGCUGCUGGCACUGCUGAAGGCAGCCCUACACUCCGGAGGGCCCAGCCCUGACCCCUGCCCACCACUCUUACAAGCUACUGUGACCCCCGGGAGCAGUGCCCUGGCUACCGUGGACAGCAGUGGCUCUGUGCUCCUUCUCACCUCCUCGCUCAACAGCUCCUUCGGCUCUGGACACCUGUCCCCAAGCACCGGGGUUCUACUCAGCAACCUUGUGGCCAAGUCUGCAACUAGUGCCUGGGCCUGCCCCCUCAUCCUUCGUGGCAGCCUGGAUGACACAGAGGCCGACGUGUUGGGGCUGGUGGCUUCAGGGACCCCUGCAGUGGCCAGAGUCACGACUCGCACCCUGCUCAGCCACCUGGCCGGGCCCCAAACCCAGGCCCAGCAAGGACGAACAGAGAGCCCCAGUGUUUGUGGCCAAGGGACCCUGCUCCAGGUGGCAGCACAUGCAGAGCAUGCCCACGUCUCCAGUGUCCCCAAUGGCUGCUGCCCCUUCCAGGGGUUCUAAGCGGGGAGAGUGUCUGGCAGGGAAUGGGGGGUGUGGGGUCUCAAGCCUGGACGCAGGGGCAGAGCAGGUCCAGCAGCCAUGGAGUGCAUAAAAGUGUGCAUCGAUGUGUUCACUGCUGGCUCAAGCCCUCAACCUCUGGCCUGGUCAGUUACCUGGACUAGAGUUCUGGCUCUUUUUUCAUCUAAGGAACCUGAGGAUAAUAAGGAAGGGGCAGCAGGGCCUGGGGCCAGCCCCGAGUUCAGAUCCAGCUCUGGGAAGGACAGGGGGAAGGAAGCCAAGCCCCGCCUGGGUUCUGGGCACCACGGACAGGGCAGGCAGAGCCUGGGUACUGCUGGCAUCUCCGUCCUCCGCUUCAGGCCACCCUCUGCUGAUCUCCCUCAGUGGGCUGGAAAGGAAAUAAAGAUCACGUCUCCUGGA